AUGCUGCCAUCGUCAUUGUCUGGUAUUUACCAGCAGUAUAAAUCCGACACAGACACCGUCGCAGAGUGGCUCGCCGUCACAGCUAACAAUCAUGGUUAUCACUCGGGCACCGUUUCAUUAGCAUCAAAUCCUGUAGCUACACGAGGCAGGCUCAAGGGAAAGGCCCGGAAACAAGCUAAGACCAAUAUUCCCAUUGCAGCUGUGCCAGUACAGAGCUCCCUGAGAACGACCCAUAUCGUGAAGACAAAGGAAUUUGAAGCCAUGGCUGUGCAUAUAGCUAGCUGCAGUGGUGUCGCCAUCCCGCCCUACUUUGCAAAAGCCCUCGAUCGAGUCAUCAUGGUCCGCAAAAGCUUCGCCGAAAAGCUCAAUUUACACGGCGUCAAGGUCAGCAUCCAGUCAGAGAAGAGCCACUCCUACUUUGUAGAGGUGUUGGAGAAGGUCAGGCAAACUCUUCAGCCGCUGUGGAAGGAUACUGGUACAAAGGCUAAACCUGCAAGCGAGCCAUCCGGAGGACUGUUUCGUAAUCUAUUCAGCACGCUAGAAGUAUACCAGACUUCUGAAAAGUUUGACAACGCACCCGACGUUCCGCCUCCCCCACCAUCACAGACCAAGUACAUCGCAGAGUCUAGUAACUCUAUUGCGGAUAUUGUAUUUGCCGUCACCGCACUGCUAGACGAUUAUGGGCAGCUUCGAAAUGAAAUCAAUAAGCUUUGGGCCGACUACACGAUGGGUCGACUAGACCUUGCCGCCGUCUCUGUUGCCACCAACAUGUCCUUUGAGCUUGCACGCAGUAUGGAGGCUGACCUUGAGCCUCUGCUGAAAGAGGUGGGCGCUAGCUUUGCUGCCAGUCUUGAUUCCAAUGGCCUGUCACUUCAAGAGUAUAAUGGAAAAUUUGGCUUUUACGAUGAAACAUUAGGUCGGUCCAACCUGAGCAACCGUCAAAAGUGGAAGCAGGACAUGACAGCGGUGUUUGCACUCAUGGCAGAUUUGAGCUUCCUUGUUACCAAGCUUGGUUCUCUAUCUGUAGUGGACGAAAUAACCCGUGGAUUGGCAUAUAUCGCAGACGAGAAGCAAAAGUCUUGCCCUCUCUGGCUUGCUUUUGCUGUCCAAGUAUACCUCGACAUCCUGCAUACAUAUGCACAAACCUGCGACGGACUAGGUACAAUGCAAACUGAAAGCCGUCGGAUAAGGUAUCUGAUGCUGAAGGUGCCAGCCGCUCAAAGCAGUCAAGUUAUUCGAGCCACAAGUCUCUGGGAUGAUGACCCCAUCUGGGCCGCACGCAAAAUCGCAGUCGAAGUAGGAUUGCUUCCCAAAGUUCGAACGGCACCAUUCACCUUUCUGAAGCGCAACCCAAUGUAUUGUGGUCUUUUAAUACAAAACAUGCGGGCUACCGUACAGAAUGAAGGUCUACCGUACGCCGCUACACCAGGUGCCCUUGUUGGCGUCGUUCAGCUGUACCAUGCGCUUCGCAACGAAGGCUUGAUUGGAACUGAUUGUGUUUGGGAAGAUUUGCAAACCUUUUGGGACAUCCAAGGCAACGCAUCCUUCUUUGUCGGCAACUUACCGACCACAAAAGAGGCCUAUUUUAAAAAUUAUUCCCUGAGCAUUGGCACAUCAGUUACCCAUUGGGCAGCACCGCAGAGUAAGCGCAAGACAAAGAAAAAAGUCAUUGUAAACAAGGAUAACAGACGCAACUUGAUGCCUAUGGGUUACGUCUCGCUUUACGUCAACCAUCGUCUUGAGCACCCUGGCGCACGAGAACCAUGGACGUGCGCUCAUCUUGAAGAGACGUUGAAUUCGGGCUUUGCUCAACGCUAUACAGAUAGCGCGUCGCAUCUCCAGCCAGAAUUCAAGGCGACUGUGGAAGCAGCCAAGUUACGUAUCUCCGCGCUCUCACCACCAGGCUUAAUUCGCGAGAUGGCCGAUGCCAUUCAAUGGGAGGUGAAGCACGGUCACUGCUUCAAUCUCUUCACGAUACACAACGAAGCAUGGCUCUUCUUAGAGCAGCUCCAAGAAGCCACUACAGCCGUCCUUGGAAAUAACCCCGCCCUUAACAGCAGCAAUAAAGCACAGAUGUUGCCGUUUGUGUCGGGUAUUUGUUUCGCAGCAGCUGCUGGCAAAACUCUCGACCACUCCCAGAAGAUGGUGAGCAGCGAUGCAUUGUUCCAUGUAGCAGCGGCUGUUUUGGAAGUAUUCAUUCGAGAUGGCCAUGGGCGCGCCAUAAAGGAUAUUGCCACCAAGUUUAUCAAUCUCGAAGAUAUCAAAGGGCCACGUCAGGGACUGAUUCUCUGGGGAUUAAACGACAUGAAGUUUGACGAUGAUUCUUGGGGGCCUGGUCUUCCAGGCGGCGGUGAAGCAAUGGCCGAGCUGGAGAAGCUGCUGCGGAUGCUUAAAUCUUCCAUGGCGUAG